UCUGUAGGGAGCGCUCUAUCGCCCAGUUCCUGCUGCGGCAGGGGUCGCCCAAACGUCGCAGAAGGCGGGACGCAGCACGUGGGCGGCGAGGGCUUCCCGCGCGAGCUUCCCGUGCGAGCUUCUCCCGCGGCGGGCUCCGUCGCGCGCGUCCCCGCUCGCCCCCAACUUUCCCGGGCUGCAGGCACAGCCCCGCCCGGCCCGCCUGCUCCUCCCCCUCCGCCUCCGGGACUUUUACUUUCAGUUUCCCCAAAGUUGCCCUCGACCCUCGCGGAGGACGCACGCUGCCGUGGGCUCCUGGCCGCCGCCGUGGGAACGAUGACUGAUGAUCAGGACUGUGCCGCGGAGCUGGAAAAGGUGGAUUCUUCCAACGAAGACAGAGUUGACGCCAAGCCAGACCGCUCCUCUGUCAUCGCCUCCGUUUUCUCGAAGAAGAAGAAAAAUGCCUCUGUGGACCCCGUCAGGACCGGCCGGGACCGAGUGCCCACUUACCUGUACCGCAUGGAUUUCCAGAAGAUGGGUAAAUGCAUCAUUAUAAACAACAAGAACUUCGAAAAAGCAACAGGUAUGGGCGUCCGGAAUGGGACGGACAAAGACGCAGGGGCCCUCUUCAAGUGCUUCCAAAACCUGGGUUUUGAAGUAACCGUCCACAAUGACUGCUCUUGUGCAAAGAUGCAAGAUCUGCUUAGAAAAGCCUCUGAGGAGGACCACAGCAACUCAGCCUGCUUCGCCUGCGUCCUGCUAAGCCACGGAGAAGAGGAUCUGAUUUAUGGGAAGGAUGGCGUGACACCCAUAAAGGAUCUGACAGCUCAUUUUAGGGGAGACAGAUGCAAAACCCUGUUAGAGAAACCCAAACUCUUCUUCAUUCAGGCGUGCCGAGGGACGGAGCUCGAUGACGGAAUCCAGGCUGACUCGGGGCCCAUCAACGACACUGACGCUAAUCCCCGCUACAAGAUCCCAGUGGAAGCUGACUUCCUCUUUGCUUACUCCACGGUUCCAGGUUAUUACUCGUGGAGGAACCCAGGGAAAGGCUCCUGGUUUGUGCAGGCCCUCUGCUCCAUCCUGAAUGAGCAUGGCAAGGACCUAGAGAUCAUGCAGAUCCUGACCAGGGUGAACGACAGGGUGGCCAGGCACUUCGAGUCCCAGUCUGAUGAUCCGCGCUUCAACGAGAAGAAGCAGAUUCCGUGUAUGGUGUCCAUGCUCACCAAAGAGCUGUACUUCAGCCGCUGAGAACCUGCCGCCGUUCGUUGAUGAAUCCAGUUUUUAUUUUAUUUUUGUUUCAAUGCUCUCAAAAUAUCCAGAAAUGUUAAGGGGAUUUAAUUUCAGGAAAGUCUAUUGAUUCGGCAGGGUGGAAGUUCUCUGGUGAUGUCAGAUAGUCUGGGUUUCCAGAUUUUUUUUUGUUUGUUUAAUAACUGUUCAUCUGAUGACUUCAUGCUCUUCCUCUGAGGUUGAUUUCCUGUUUCUGUUUCUUUUUUUCUUUGUGGUCUCCUUGAGUGCAUGCUGUGAGCAUGACCUCUGGAGAAGACAUCGGCAAUGACGUGGAUGGGAAGUCAGAGUCUCAGUUGAACUUGGCAAAGAAGAUCCUAGCUCUUGAUGAAAGAGUACAGCUGCGACACCUGUCGGCCUCCGUUGGCAAAGGUGGCUGCUGAGUGUUUGAACGGUUGUUUUCCGUGGCUUAGAACAGAUUCUUAAGCUGAGAGAAGAAGACAGUUAAUAUUCUAGUACAUAGGACCCAACCUAGAAAACAAGCCAUUCUAGGAAUAUCGGUGCAGAAUGGUCGAUACAGGGAAUUCACUUACUCGGGUAAUUAAGAGACAGCCAAGCCCGUUACCUCACAUGCUUCUGUGCGGGGACUUUGGUUCCCUUGUCAUCAGUAAGAACAGUGGCAGAGCAGCCUUCUAGAGGCUAGAACCAUGGAGGGCUAUGGUGAUUGGAGCCAGGCUCAGGACAAGCUACUGCCUGAGAUGGAAACCAAGACAGAACUGAGUCAGACACCAAGACACACCCAGGCCUCCCCAGGUCUGUGCCCAUAUCCAGCAGUGCCUUACAAUUCCAAGGUACCUGAAAGCCAGCUAGUGAGGGCCUAGGGACCAAGCUACCCUGUGCUACGGAGCAGAGGAAGGCAUAGCAAGGCAAGGGUAAUGGUGGGGAUAAACUUGGCUCAAAAUGUGAAUUAAAUAACCAUGUCCUCUGGGGUGCUACAAUGUAUUCAUUCACUAUUCACUGAUUUGUCAGAUCAUCCACACAGGUGCUGAAGAGUAACCAAUUUCACUUUGUGUGCAAGAUAAUGUUUUUGUACUUCAAAUACAGCUGGAAUUCUUCCAACUAUUCCAAGAUUUUUUUUUGAAUAAUCUUUGGUUACCUCUGGUUCUACAAAUGACAAUUUAGGCAAAGAUCUUAGCAGUUUCUUUUCAAGGUAUCAUUUUCUUUGGAAUUCGUUAUACAUUCCUAUUUUUUCCGCCUAAUAAAUGGUUGACAGAUGUUCCUAUUUAUUGAUUAAAAUGUGUU